AAUUAAUGGGAAAGAAGAAAAGUGAUAAGAGGCAGAAAUCUUGAAGGAGAUAUAUAAAGAAUCAAAGGCAUAAGGCAAAAAAUAGUGUCAAUAAGCCGUUUCCUUGAAUGUUACUUUCUAAAAUUGGGAUUCUCUACCAUAAGUAUGAAGAUUUUUUUGACAUUAAUGAUUAGCCCUAUUGAACAAUUAAAUACAAGCACCCCAUCGAUCUUGUUCAUCAUCAUAUUAUUCUUCUUACACAAACAAACAAACAAACACACAAAUCUCUUUUGUUCCUUUGACCAAUGGAACUCAACCUCUCUACGCCCACAUCAUGUUCCUCCAGCAGCAUCUCGUCAUCUUCGCAUGAGAUCAUCCCCAGGAGCAAGGGGAAAAUGAAAGAGAAGAUUGCGGCUGAGCCAGCGGUGGAGACUCCGCGUCUAGAGUUCCGCUUCCUGUUCGACGAGAAUAUAAGAAACUCUGGCUUUGGAGGAGUUUUAGAUGAUGAGGCACAAGGGGCGAGGAACGAUGCUAAAGCGAGGGUGUUUGCUUGCACCUUCUGCAAAAAAGAGUUCUCUACGUCGCAAGCCUUGGGAGGACAUCAAAACGCUCACAAGCAAGAGCGAUCGUUGGCUAAAAGGCGUAAGGAGAUGGAAAUAAACUAUCCUGGACUCUCCUUCUACAGCCAGUACCCGCCGUCAAGUGGUAUUUCCUACAACGGCAGCAGCUCCUCGCAAUACGAUCUUCGGGUUCGUUACAAUCCUAACAUUGCUAAAACUAAGCAGCCCUUUCCUUUCAACGUCUUCAGAUGUCGACUUGGAUACAGAGGGCUUAAUAUCCCUCUGCUCUCUCACCUCCCGGUUCCACAGACUGACGAUUUGUCCAAAAACUUGAUUGCAAACCUAGAGGGCAACGUUCACGUGCAAGGCGAGGAAAAAGAUCAACCGGACACUGAUACUUCCAACGAUUCUGAUUUAGACUUGUCUCUCAAGCUAUAG